ACGUUUUCCGAUCAUCUGUCGAUAUAGUCCCACCUCUAGCCGGAAUAAAACAAAAUUCGCAACAAAGACCGAUUUUAUUGAAAACACCUGCAAUGGACGCCGACACAGCACAGAAGACAUGGGAGCUGGAGAACAACAUUCAGACGCUGCCCAGCUGCGACGAAAUAUUCCGCUACGAUGCGGAGCAGCAGCGUCAAAUCAUCGAUGCCAAGCCCUGGGAGAAGGACCCGCACUUCUUUAAGGACAUAAAAAUUUCGGCAUUGGCGCUGCUCAAGAUGGUCAUGCAUGCUCGCUCGGGCGGCACCCUGGAGGUGAUGGGGCUUAUGCUGGGCAAGGUGGAGGACAACACUAUGAUUGUCAUGGACGCAUUCGCGCUUCCGGUGGAGGGCACUGAGACGCGUGUAAAUGCUCAGGCUCAGGCAUAUGAGUACAUGACUGCCUACAUGGAGGCAGCAAAGGAAGUGGGUCGCAUGGAGCACGCAGUGGGCUGGUAUCAUAGUCACCCCGGCUACGGAUGCUGGCUGUCUGGAAUCGAUGUUUCGACUCAAAUGCUAAACCAAACAUACCAGGAGCCAUUUGUGGCCAUCGUUGUGGAUCCGGUCAGAACCGUUUCGGCCGGCAAAGUGUGCCUGGGCGCAUUCCGCACAUAUCCGAAGGGCUACAAGCCACCCAAUGAAGAGCCAUCUGAGUACCAGACCAUCCCGCUCAAUAAGAUUGAAGACUUCGGGGUGCACUGCAAGCAGUACUACCCCCUGGAGAUCAGUUACUUCAAGUCGGCCCUAGACCGUAAGCUGCUUGACUCGCUGUGGAACAAAUACUGGGUAAACACACUGGGCAGUUCGGGCCUUCUUACCAACACGGAGUACACUACCGGCCAAAUCAUGGACCUCUCCGAGAAACUGGAGCAGAGUGAGAACUUUUUAGGUCGCGGUACCGACGUCAACGAGAAGCGCUCGGAGGAUAAGCUUUCCAAGGCCACGCGCGAUUGCAGCCGCUCUACCAUUGAACUGAUACACGGCCUUAUGGCUCAGAUCGUCAAGGAUAAGCUUUUCAACAAGGUCGGCCUUGGCAAAUAGGCCAAACUUUGGAUUUUUAUAAUUAUAUGUAAUGUAACAUGUAUGUAGUGGCAGCAGAAUGGAUUUUCUAUAUGAAAAGCGA